GAACUUGCUUUGUUCUCUUUAGAAAUCUUUUCAGUAAGAGAGAGAGAGAGGAGAGGGGCAUAGAUUCAUUUGCAGGAGUUUUGGAUUUGUUUUAGACGUGUUGAUAGAUUUUGGUCCAAUCACCUUCUGCAGCUACAAAACAAAACCACCCUCUCCCCUCUCCUGUUUUCAAAAUGGAAUUGGGUGUAUAUAUGCUUUGUUUAUUUCUUUCCCAAUGAUUGAGUUGCCUUGCUCCAACAAAUACUUGCCUAGAAUCUCUGCUUGUGCUGGGAAAGGAGCAACAUAGGCUAGAAGAUGAAGCCCAUCGGUAAUGAUGACCAAAACAACAACUGGUUAGGUUUCUCUCUGUCACCCAGUAUGAAAAUGGAGGUUCCUCAACCUCAAACACAGUCCCCCUCUGUUUCAGCCACCGCCGGUGCCGGUGGUGUUAGUGUUCCCACUGCACUUCCCUCCAACUUUUUCCAAUCCCCACCUCAACUUAAUUAUGGCCUCUUCUAUGGAGUUGAAGGAUCAGAAAAUAGUGCCGUAUAUCCUCACUUUCCUCUCAUGCCACUCAAGUCUGAUGGGUCACUCUGUAUCAUAGAAGCACUUAGCAGGUCAGAGCCCACAGCAAUGGUUACUACAACUCCAAAACUGGAGGAUUUCUUUGCUGGUGCUGCCAUGGGGACCCAUCAGUAUGCAAGCAGUGACAAAGGAGCUAUGGCUCUCAGUUUAGACUGUAUGUAUUACCACCAAAAUCAAGACCAGGAACAAAACAAUCAAAAUUGCCUAGACAAUAUGCAACAUUCAUCCAGGCAGCAGAUUCAGGUCCAGCAGUACCAAUACUUCUCAGGAUUUAGAAACCAUGAGGUGUUGCUAGGAGAUGAAGCUAAAGGAACCCAUGUCACAGACUGCAGUUUGCAGCUCCCAACAAUGGGGGAUGAUGGAGCAACUGGAAUGAAGAACUGGGUUUCCAGGAACUUCCCAAGUGAGCAUGAAAUGCAGCAGAAAAUGAUUGGGUGCAUGGGUGAUAAUGCAGGUGAAUCUGGGUCUUUUGGAGCAAUUACAUAUGGAGAUUUACAGUCCUUGAGCCUGUCCAUGAGCCCUGGCUCCCAAUCAAGCUGUGUAACUGGUUCACAUCAAAUCUCUCCCACUGUCACAGAUUGUGCAGUCAUGGAGACAAAGAAAAGAGGGCCUGAGAAAUUGGAUCAGAAACAGAUUGUUCAUAGGAAGUCCAUUGAUACCUUCGGCCAGAGAACCUCUCAAUACAGAGGUGUUACAAGGCAUAGAUGGACUGGAAGAUAUGAAGCGCAUUUAUGGGACAAUAGUUGCAAGAAAGAAGGUCAGAGCAGGAAAGGAAGACAAGUUAUGUUUCUCUUGCAUGCUGGGAUCUUCAAUGAAAUGAUGGUUUCAGUUUAUUUAGGGGGUUAUGACAUGGAACAAAAAGCUGCAAGAGCAUAUGAUUUAGCUGCACUCAAGUACUGGGGACCCUCCACUCAUAUCAAUUUCCCGUUGGAAAAUUACCAAAAAGAACUUGAAGAAAUGGAGAAAAUGACCAGACAGGAGUAUGUUGCUCACUUGAGAAGGAAAAGUAGUGGAUUCUCAAGGGGGGCUUCGAUUUAUAGAGGAGUGACAAGACACCACCAACAUGGAAGAUGGCAAGCUCGGAUUGGCAGAGUUGCCGGAAACAAGGACCUUUAUCUCGGAACAUUCAGCACUCAGGAGGAAGCGGCAGAAGCUUAUGACAUAGCGGCUAUAAAAUUUCGUGGGAUAAAUGCUGUAACAAACUUUGACAUAACAAGGUAUGAUGUGGAACGAAUCAUGGCCAGCAAUACCCUUCUUGCUGGAGAACUUGCCAGGCGAAACAAGGAUAUAGGACAUGGCCGUGAGGCUGCUAAUCACAACUCCACAACUGAUAACAGAAAUGGUGAAACUAUCAUCUCACCAAAGAACAACGAAGGUGAACCGGACUGGAAGAUGGUCCUCUACCAGUCCUCUCAGCAACUUGAGCAGGAGCAGUCAAACAUUGUCGAUAACUACAAGACUCAACAGACUUUCACAUUGGCACCAAACAAUGUGGCUGGGAUUGAAACAAUCAACACAACAGCUCAGCGGGAGAUGGAAGACUCAGCGAAAAUGGGCACUCACUUGUCCAAUGCUUCUUCACUAGUGACUAGCCUGAGCAGCUCAAGAGAAGGCAGUCCUGAUAGGACCAGCCUACCAAUGCUAUUUGCCAUGCCUCCUCCCACAGCAUCCAAGCUGUUCACUAGCACAAGUACUGUGAAUUCUUGGAUUCCUUCAGCUCAGCUUAGGCCUGCCCUCUCUGUGCCUCACAUGCCAGUUUUUACUGCAUGGACAGAUGCAUAGUCCUACUCUGCUUUGUUAUAGUAGCAAAAGGGUUGUAUUAAUUUGCAUGGAAAAACAUUGAGGGAAUAGGAAUGUCUUUUUUUUUUUUUUUUUUCCUUUUUGUGGGGUUUUGUUAGUAGAGAAAAUUGAGGAGUUAAUGGAGGGUCUAUGUGGGACCUGUCCUGUUGUGAACAAGAACAAAUUUUAAACUCUUCCUUUUAGCCUCUCUUAUGAGGAUCUUGAAAAGAAAUGGUGGGUAUGGGGAAGCUUUAAAAACAUU